GAAGGGAGGGACAGCUAGAGCUGAGCGGGUAUCUGAAAGUGACUUGAGGUUCUUUUGAUUUCAUGCAGUUAUCAUUAAGCUCUGUCAGCCCGUUUCUUUAAUUGGAUCCCGGUGGCGUAGAGGUGGUGGUGUUGGGGAACCAUAGAUGUCAGGGGUACAGUGGAGAGACGGUGGGAGGCAUGAAGGACAGAUUUGCACAUUCCCACAAUGUGACAGUUGUGCUUUCUGUGUGUGCCCUUUCCAGAAUCUGCUAGGAGAAGCUUCCACGAUGGUUUGUUCAGGUCUCCGGAGGGUGGCCCGUGCGGGUGCAUACCUGAUGAGAACGGUCAGCAGCACCUCCAGAGGCUGUCAGCACCAGACCUUGGGUGCAGGGCCUGAUGCUUCCGAGUGCACUGCCCAGGGAGCUGCAGGCGGUGUGGUGGAGGUGCUGGGCCGAGCCUACCCACAGGACGACCACACCAACCUCACCAGGAAGGUCCUCUCCAAGGUCGGCAGGAAUCUGCACAACCAGCAGCAUCACCCACUGUGGCUGGUCAAGGAGAGGGUGAAGGAGCACUUCUACAAGCAGUACGUGGGCCGCUUUGGGACCCCGCUCUUCUCGGUCUACGACGACCUUCCUCCAGUGGUCACAACCUGGCAGAACUUUGACAGCCUGCUCAUCGCGGCCGACCACCCCAGCAGGAAGAAGGGGGACAAUUACUAUCUGAACCGGACGCACAUGCUGCGGGCGCACACGUCGGCCCACCAGUGGGACCUGGUGCACGCGGGGCUGGAUGCCUUCCUGGUGGUGGGCGACGUCUACCGGCGUGACCAGAUCGACACCCAGCACUACCCUGUGUUCCACCAGCUGGAGGCUGUCCGGCUCUUCUCCAAGCACGAGUUAUUUGCUGGCAUAAAGGAUGGAGAAAGCCUGCAGCUCUUUGAACAAAGUUCUCGCUCUGCCCAUAAACAAGAGACACAAACGGUCAGUCAGCUGGUUUUUAACGCUAGUUGUUUGUUUUUAUGUGACACUUUUGCAGGGCUGGAGAUAAGAUGGGUAGACUGCUACUUUCCUUUUACUCAUCCUUCCUUUGAGAUGGAGAUCAACUUCCGUGGAGAAUGGCUGGAAGUUCUUGGCUGUGGGGUGAUGGAACAGCAGCUGGUGAAUUCAGCUGGCGCUCAAGAGAAGAUUGGCUGGGCCUUAGGUCUAGGAUUAGAAAGGCUGGCCAUGAUCCUCUAUGACAUCCCUGACAUCCGCCUGUUCUGGAGUGAGGAUGAGCGGUUCCUGAAGCAGUUCCGUGUGUCUGAUAUCAACCAGCCUGUGAAAUUUCAGCCUCUUAGCAAAUAUCCUGCUCUGAUAAAUGACAUUUCAUUCUGGUUGCCCUCUGAGAAUUACAUGGAGAAUGAUUUCUAUGACUUAGUCCGAACAAUUGGAGGAGACCUGGUGGAAAAAGUUGAUCUUAUAGACAAGUUCGAACAUCCAAAGACACACAAGACCAGCCACUGCUACCGCAUCACCUACCGACACAUGGAGCGGACGCUGUCACAGCGGGAGGUGCAGGGAGUCCACCAGGCCGUGCAGGAGGCCGUUGUGCGGGUGCUGGGUGUCGAAGGCAGGUUCUGAUGCCGCUGCUCCUCCUGGCCACGGGCCUUUCAUGGCUGAAAGAUUCACCGAAGGAGAAAACGAUAUUGUUCUUGAACAGGGCAUCAGGCAUCUUUUGAUAAA